AUAUCUGCAUUAAUUCAAUUUCCUAUAAAUAUGGAAUGAAUUUGCUCCACAUUCAUAAACAACCUCAUUAGCUUCAAACUUCUUCACAAUUCACACACACAAUAUGGAAGGGUUAUACCCGAUCAAUUCUUUAUCGAAGAACAUCCUCAUAAUAAUACUUCUCUUCACUUCCUCCAUCACUUUAAUCUCAGCUCUUGAAAUAACCAAUGUUGAAUUCAUAAGAACGUCAUGUGGUUUGACAACUUACCCAACUCUGUGCUUCAACUCACUGUUAACGCGAGCUGGUGCAAUCCAAACAAGCCCUAAGCUACUAGCCCAAACUGCACUAUCUGUGACCCUUGACACUACCCGCACCACCUCUUCAUCCAUGGUUAAACUGUCAAAAGUGCACGGCAUGGCUCCUCUAGAGGUUGCAGCCAUGAAAGACUGCAUUGAGUUGCUAAGUGACUCGGUUUACGAGUUGCAAAAAUCACUUGACGAGAUGAUUCGACCAGGUUCCAAAAAUCCAAGGCUAGUUAUGAGUGACAUACAAACAUGGGUCAGUUCAGCAAUGACGGAUGAGGACACAUGCACCGAAGGGUUCAAGAAUGACACCAAAAUGAAAAGUGUUGUGAGAGGAAAGAUUGUGAAUGUUGCACACUUAACUAGCAAUGCUUUAGCUUUGAUCAACAACUAUGCUUCUUUAAGCAGCUAGUUCAAGGAAAUUAGAUGUAGCAUGUAAUGUAAAAAUGCUUUUAAGUUUGUUACUUUGUGUCAAUGUUUCUUCUAUCCAUCACGAAAUUAUGAAGUGCUUUUUGUUACAAAAUAAC